GGAGGUUUCCACUGCAGUCCCAAGGAUCUGCUGCCUCCCUCCUUCAUCAAUCCCCUAAAAACCCGCUCGUGCGCUUCCGUUUUCGGGAAAAAUGAUUCCGCUCACCGAAUUCCGUCAGUUCUCAGACCAGCAGCCAGCAUUCCGAGUCCUAAAGCCAUGGUGGGAUGUCUUUGCAGAAUAUCUCUCCGUGGUCAUGCUCAUGAUUGGCGUGUUUGGCUGCACGCUCCAGGUCAUGCAGGACAAAAUCAUAUGUCUUCCUCAAAGGGCGUAUGCCUCAAACCAAACGGAGCUCGCAAGGGAUCCGACCAAUUCUUCUUUUCCACCUGUCUCCCCAGUGCCUGUAUCCGAAAUGACGGGACUCAAAACCAACUUGGAUCUGCAGCAGUACAGCUUUGUAAACCAACUGUGCUAUGAAAAAGCUCUGCAUUGGUAUGCCAAGUAUUUUCCUUACCUGGUGCUCAUACAUACACUUGUGUUCAUGGUGUGCAGUAAUUUCUGGUUCAAGUUCCCUGGCUCAAGUUCAAAAAUUGAACACUUCAUUUCCAUAUUGGGAAAAUGUUUUGAUUCUCCGUGGACUACAAGGGCUCUGUCUGAGGUGUCAGGCGAGAGUCCAGAGGAGAAAGACCAGAAAAAGACCAGUGCAAGUAGAUCAAACCUUAAUACCUCCACCGGGGAGGGUAAUCUGGAGAAGACCCAGUCAUUGAGAUCUAUUCCUGAAAGGAUUGUGGUGGACAAACCAACAGCAAGUGCACUUGACAAGAAAGAAGGAGAGCAAGCCAAAGCAUUGUUUGAGAAGGUAAAAAAGUUCAGACUUCAUGUGGAGGAAGGGGAUCUGUUGUAUCUCAUGUAUGUUCGACAGACUGUUAUUAAAGUGAUCAAAUUUGUUAUUAUCAUUGUCUACAGCAGUGCUCUGGUGUCGGAGGUUAGACUUACAGUUCUAUGUGUAGCAGAUGUAGAGAAUAUGACUGGCUACAAAACAUUUUGGUGCAAGCACACUAUGGCCCAUCUCUUCUCCAAGCUCUGCUACUGCUAUUUGUGUUUUGUAACUGUCUAUGGAUUAACGUGCGUUUAUACAUUCUACUGGCUUUUGUACCGUUCCCUGAAAGAAUACUCUUUUGAAUAUGUGCGGCAGGAGACUGGAAUUAACGACAUCCCUGAUGUGAAAAAUGAUUUUGCUUUUAUGUUGCACAUGAUUGACCAAUAUGAUCCUCUGUAUUCCAAGAGGUUUGCAGUGUUUCUGUCUGAGGUGAGUGAAAACAAACUCAAACAACUCAACCUGAACCAUGAGUGGACCGUAGAAAAACUUCGCCAAAAACUGCAGACCAAUGCCAGCGACCGAUUGGAGCUUCAGCUCUUCAUGCUUUCAGGGCUCCCAGAUACAGUCUUCGAAGUCACCGAGCUACAAUCCUUGAAAUUGGAGAUUAUUAAUAAUGUCACAAUCCCUGCAGCCAUUUCUCAGCUGGAAGAUCUUCAGGAGCUUUCUCUGCACCAGUGUACCCUCAAAAUCCACACAGGGGCCCUCUCUUUCCUGAAGGAAAACCUUAAGGUUCUGCGUGUGAAGUUUGAUGACAACCGUGAGCUUCCUCUAUGGCUCUACAGUCUUCGAAACUUGGAGGAACUCCAUUUAAUUGGAUCUCUGAGUCCAGAUGCAUCAAAGAAUAUAACCCUGGACUCUUUACGUGACCUCAAAUCCCUUAAGACCUUGACACUCAAAAGCAAUCUUACAAAGAUCCCCCAGUCAGUUGUGGAUGUGUCCAGCCACCUGCAGCGUCUGUACGUGCACAACGAUGGCACCAAGCUGGUCAUGCUGAACAACCUAAAAAAAAUGGUACAUCUUAUAGAGCUUGAGCUGGUGCAUUGUGACCUUGAACGCAUUCCACAUGCCAUCUUCAGUCUGACGCAUCUGCAGGAGCUGGACCUUAAGGAGAACAGCUUGCGCUCUAUUGAGGAGAUCAUCAGCUUCCAGCACCUCCGGAAACUUACAUGCCUAAAGCUCUGGUACAAUUCAAUCACUCACAUCCCUGAGCAUAUCAAGAAGCUGAGCAGUUUGGAGCGCCUCUAUUUUAGCCACAAUAAGAUUGAGAUUUUGCCUUCGCACCUGUUUCUGUGCAAUAAAUUGCGCCAUCUUGAUCUUUCCCACAAUGACAUCAGCUUCAUUCCUCCAGAAGUAGGUGUUCUUCAGAGCCUUCAGUACUUCUCCGUCUCUAGCAACAAAAUCGAGAACCUCCCAGAUGAACUUUUCUUCUGCAAGAAGCUGAAGACCCUCAAGCUCGGGAGGAACCUGCUUUCUGUGCUUUCACCAAAGAUUUCCUACCUGGCUUCACUGACUUAUUUGGAGUUAAAAGGCAAUCAUUUUGAAGUUUUGCCAGCUGAGCUUGGCUGCUGUCAAGCCUUGAAGCGCAGUGGCCUUGUGGUAGAAGACACCCUGUUUGACACUCUACCUUCAGACGUCAGGGAUAAUAUGAAAGCCGAGUGAUGUUUCUUAGUUUUGGCAAAAUUCCUCUAAUGAAAAAAAAGGGCAGCAUUAUACAUUCUUGUUAACUGAACGUGUAUCCCACUCCCACACUCAAUAUUUUGACGUUUACGGGUGAGUACCUGCUUUUAAAUGCUUAGAUUUUUGAAAGAAAAUGUUAUCUUAUGAACAAAAUGAAGUUUCUUUGGAGUAGAGUUUAGUACUGUAUUGUACCUCAGAGUUGAUGUAGAUGUUUCAAGGAUUUAAGAAAAUGUUAUAUUAGAUCAUUCAUUUAUACAGUAUAAGCACCUUAUUAUGUAGAAUUCUCUACUGUAUCAAAGAAAAGAGGUUCGCCUCAGUGUUAAUGUAUAUUCAAAGACGGUCGUUGCAUUGCAUGUAUUAUAUUACUAAUAAUGGUAAGGAUUUCAUUGUCUAGGUGCAGGUUUUACAAAACAAGGACUGAACCAUGCUAGCCUGCCAAACUGCAGUAUUUUGCCUUUGUAAAGACCAAAUGAUCUUUGCAGCCCUUUAAGGUUUCUAACAAGGGUGAUAGAUGGAGAAGGGCUUAUCUUGUGAGUGGUUAUAUGCCGUAUUUAGAUCAGCUAUGUCACAACUCUUUUGUUUGGAGUCUGUUAUGUUAAAUGUCUCAUUUCCCCAGUAUUUUUCACUAAACCAAGCUCAGUGAGUGACUGGUUCCAGUAAUAGAAAGGGACUGGAAUACUGGGCUACUACAAAGUUUCCACCAUGUACAGUUUAUCUGCUGCAUACAGGGUGUUUCAAAAAAUUUGAUAUUAUUUGAGAUCUAAAUAUCCCAGAAACUACCUAGUCUAGGCUUAAUGUUCAGCAAUAUAAGAUUUAUUUCUCAAAAUUUGAAUGAGAAAUUCAAAGGUAUGUGGAUUCCAUGAUCCUUUUGCCCUGCACACACAGCCUUCCUCUUUGAAUUUUUUGUGCCGUGUCCAAAUCUGCAUUGCAGUUGGUGCAUUUUUAGAGAAUUCUCUCAUAAAUGCAUGCUGCACAGUCUUGUUCGAUUGUGUUCGAGCGGACUCUAACACACAAAACGCCUUUUCUUUUCCAGUGAAUGGCAUUUCUAUAUCUAAAAAGAUUAAAAACAAAGAACAUUAAACAUAAAAUUUUGACCUGUUUCCACACAUGCUGUUAAAAUUUGAGGUCAAUUGAGCGAGAAUUGGCAAAGUUAUUAGAUUGUGAAAUGAUAUAAAAUUUUUUGAAACACCCUGUAUUUCACCAUUUGUGACAGCAAAACUAUGAUUUUCUGAUUUUCACAUAAACAGUCAGACCAAACACGAAUAAAUUUCACCUUGCAGAAAAGUUAAUUUGUUGAAGGGGAAAGGACAUGAAAGUCAUUCUUUUGGGUUGUGUAUGCUGAACGAUGUGUCAGUCUCCUGAGCCAAUAGUAAUGACACGUGGAUGGAACUACGGUCUCUCUGGUCAGUAAAAAAAAUGGAGGAGCUGCUUAUUUUUUACGUAGUGGGCACACCAGACUUUUGCCUUCCUCUAUAGUUUGUUUGUUUGUUUGUUUGUUUGUUUGUCUCUUUCUUUCUUUCUUUCUUUCUUUCUUUCUUUCUUUCUUUCUUUCUUUCUUUCUUUCUUUCUUUCUUUCUUUCUUUCUUUCAACUAUUGCUUUGCACACACCUAAAAAAUUGGCUGUCUCAUACACUGACAGAUGUUUGGGUAUUCAGUUUUUUCUAGGUGUACUAGGAUUUUCUUGUUCGCAGUUUUGGCACCUUUGCUACUAUGACACUACUACAGUUUGCAAUGAAAUGUUAAAAUCCCAUCAUAUUGUUCAAAAGAAUUUAGCAUGUUUAUAAUAUGUAUGCAUAAGAAGUGAAGAAACUGUAACUAAUUUAUAUCGAGUGCUUUAUUGAAUUCUGUAACUUGUUGGGUCAUGGAAGUGUUUGAAGGUUUAGGCACUGAAGGAUAGAAGGAGUGGUGGCACCACAAUAACUUUAGUGUUCUCAGGUAAUCUGUCUAUUCCUUUUCUUUGUGCAUCACUGUUUUUACUGGUGUUUUUGACAAGCUGAAGGGAAUCCUGUCAAAAUAUACCUCCUUGAAAUACACUACGAGUGCUACUUUGUGCUAUUGUAAGCUAUUUAUUCACAGUUUUUUAUAGUAUUGCUAAUAUAGCUGGACUGAUAGAUUUCCAUUUUUGCUAUACUGGCUUGGACAGCCUUUCUCUACAGUGAUAUUUGGUCAUUAUAUCACUGCUCACUAGAUCACUACUCGCAAAUAGGUUCUUGCCAGAUGUUUUUUUUUUUUUUUUAAUCUGCCACUACCUCUCUGCAGCUCACAUACUAGCUAUUCAGCUAUAUCCAAAUAAUAAUUGUUUUGCCAUUUGUUUUACUUGGGAUAUAACUAGACUGUUUUCAUCUAAAAGCUUUUGUUUGGAUAGAUAUCAUGUACAAAAGUUUUUUUUUAAUUGGUUUGUUUUGGAGCUGAAAAAGUGUGCCUAUUAAAAAGGGAGCAUUAAACUUAGACUCUCUUAAUUGCAAUUAAUUGCCUUUGCACUGUUAAUGUUAUACUGUAAGAUUUUAUACUC